AUGGUGAGUGAAAAACGCGAUGCUCUUUUGCACAUUAAACUUCCACAUGGCCUAAUUAAAGAAUUCUCUAAAAGGAAAAUUUAUUUCUAUAACUUUAGGAACAAAGGUGUCUUAGUUUUUUUCGAUUUUCUUAUUCUCUCUCUCACUUCAGAGCUACAUCUUUCGUUCGUUCCUUUUUCAAAAUGCGUAUCGUCCUCCUUUCUUCGUAAUUCGAACUUGGCCUUAUUUUAUAUGCGAUGUUUUUUCCAAAGGGUAAAAUCUGGCUGGACUUUCCAGAAUCAUCUGAGUAUCAUGGGCCACUACAUUAUACAGGCAUUGAUCAGGAGACCUGGUACAGUGUUACAAUGACAGGCAUUGUGAGUGUGUGGUACAUUGUUAACCAAAUAUGGCGGGAAAAUUGACCUUGCUAACUGAAAGCAAAUCAGUAGUGUUCCCAAUUCAAUUAUAGGCGGGAAACUUUCAUCGACCCAAAUAGGUUUUCUAUCACCCGAAUGUUAAAGUUAGAUACAUCAGUUAUACGCGAAGAUUUGAACAUUAUGCUUUUGAGCGUCACCCUCAAAUUAAUUUUCUCAUUAUUAUUCACCAGAUCAUCUCUUUAUGCUAAAAACAUACCCAUUAUGCCGGUAUUAUAAUCGGCAUUAUGUCCAAAAUUACGCCGGCAUAAUGUAUCUAUAAACCCUGUUAAAGAGCUGGUGUAAGGCUGUAAAAGCAAGAAACCAUUGAUGGUGGCGUUAAAGUCUUAACCGAUUUUUUGAAAGAAGACCAUGAUCGUACUUGAAUAUUUGGGGAGCAAGGCAAGGGUGGCGCCGUGGCACUACGUUGAGAGCACUCGCUUCCCACCAAAUUAAUGUAGCCGGGGUCCCGGCGUCGACGCCAUAUGUGGGUUAAGUUUGUCGUUGGUUCUCUCCAAACAACAACAACAACAACAACAAUUUAUUCAAUUGUCAAAUAAUUUAAGUCUAUGUUACCCACAAUUAGCGGAGCUAUUCUAGGUGGGCAACAAUACAAUAAUUGUCUCCUAUAAAGUCGGCAAAAGGACAUAAGUAAAGAGAGAGAAAAAAUAAAAUGAAAAUAAAUAAAUAAAAGGUAGCACCUAUAGAUAUAAGGAAGGAAAACACUUUAACUGAAUAAGGAGUUCAGGUAGCAACUGGCAAUGGUACUCAUAUCAACAUACACAUUCUUAGUCUCCAAAACCUUAAUCAGUAAUUUUCGUAAUUUACGCUUGAAAGGAUCUUUGCGCUGUUCACGUAACGUAAGAGGAAUUUUGUUUCAAAUUCUUACACCACUUCUAGAAAAAGAUAAUAAUAGCUGAUUGAGUCUAAAUCUCUGGACAUAAAAAUUACCUGCAGCAGAAAAUCUGGUAUAAUGAGAAUGUAUCACGUUAGAACGGACGAACAAUUCAGAAAUUUUAGAACGGGCCCGGUUAUUGGAGAUAUCGUGCAUUAGGAUAGCCCAUUAUUUAAAGUACAGCAAAUUCAGAAGCAAAACACCAAGACCUGACGAACAGAGGUAUGGCAUGAGCUCUCCUGUCAGAAAAGUACAUUAACCGUAGACUUCGUUUUAGAAUUAGAAUUUUGUUCAGACUUGAAUUGGCAGCUUGUCGCCAUGCAGUUAGUCCAUAGGAAAUGUACGGUUCGAUUAAGGAACGAUAAAGUUUUAAGAGAGUACUGGUAGGCACAAAAUGCCUAAGCCUGGCAAUGAUGUCUACCCCUUUGCUUUUUUUGACCAAAUAUAGUCUAUGUGGUACCUCCCUUGCUCCGAGAGGUUUUUCUCCAGGUACUCCGGUUGCUCCGGGUACUCCAGCAUUUCCAAAUUCCAAUUCGACCCGGAAUCAGGUAGACGAAGAACUACCGUGGAUGUGCUACCUUCAAAUCGUUAUUUAUUUAUUUAUAUUGGACGUGGUAAGACCAAACCUGUAGAGGCUAUAUAUAAUAUAACAUAAGAUCUUUAAGUAGUUAAUAUGUUUAAAAUAAACGUAAUCAUAAAGAAUGUAGAAACAGAAAAGAAACCUUUCUAGCUAUUUAAUAUUAUUAUACAUCAGACUCACUAUGAAAAAAAAUGUGAUUGGUCGAGAGCAUUCAAUCAAUUCACAAUAGCUUGUGAACUUGACAUGAUAAAUGCAAUAUCUGCUGCAGAUAUUGCAUUUACCAUGUCAAGUUCAACGUCUGCCUGGUUACCAAGCCCCUUGGAGUGUUCUCCUUAGAAACAGAAUGGCUGAAUGUCUUCUUUUGCCUAUUGUUUAAAAAAUGUAUAAUAAAACAAUUAUUGAAUUCGGUUUUCGCAUGAUAUUAUGAAUUAUCAAAACCUCGUGUCUGUAUUAUCUGCCUCAGCCUUCGGCUUCGGCAGAUAACACAAACCUCGGUUUUGAUAAUUCAUGAUAUCAUGCUCAACCUCAUCCAAUAAUUGUUUAUUAAAUGAUGUCGCUAAAACUUAGCUGUGACAAACAGAAUCAUACACGGCAAAUGUCGAGCAAAAUGCAGACUGUACUUUACCUUUUAACAUCUGUCAAUGUAUUGUUGUAUUUCAGGAUGUUGCUGGCAACAGCCUAGGUUUGCUACCUCCGAGUUUUUCAUCUGCUAUUGUGGAUAGUGGUGAGUUCCUUAGAAACAGGCAGUAACGAUUUGUUGGGCAAAGAAGGAUUUGUUGUUGAUCUUUGCAGUUUGCACUUAAGGAAGCGUGUGUUAUAUGAAACCUGUGGUUAGAGCGCUAAACCAAGCGAUAAGUACUCGAAUCCCGUUGCCUCGGGACCCCGAGAUUGAGACGUUUGUCAUGCAGUAACCAAUUACUUCUCGUGCGUUUGUCGAGGAAGAUUUAUGUCAUGAUUCAUUUAAAAAAGAAGAAAUUAAACACUUGUAAUCUGCUACCCAGAUCUCGCUGGCGUCUGUCUGUAGGUCUGGAAAUCUUAGCUCGAGACCAGUUUCAUACUUUAACUUGGCUGCGAGGCUGAGGGGAAUGAAAUAAAAAAAAAAUCAUUAUUUCCUGAAUCUCGAUGCGACUUCUUUCGUUUUAUAUCCCUCAGUCUCGAUGCAAAGUAUGAACCUUAAUAAUAACUUAACUGGUCGAUUAGGGUUAGGCUACUCGAUCCCCAUCUAAAACUACCUAAGCAGGAAAACAUCCAAUCAUAUAUGGAUUUUUGUGUCGGCAGGUACAACGGACAUCUUAUUACAGCCUGAAAUAUACGAGGCCGUUAUAGCAGAGCUAAAAACGGUGAGAUAAUAUAUAUAUUUAGCCAGGGCUAAAAGCGAAGCUCUCGAUUAUAUUUAUAGUUUGUUCAAACAAAAUAUAAAAUCGUGUAAUGCUAAGCGGUGGAAAACGGUGAAAAACAACAAUAGGUCUAAUUAGCAAAAAAGCAACUUUACACGCGCAGCACUCUUUUUUUGUAGAUUUCUUUGCCGUUGUUUUGUACGACCACAACGUGAAACUUCUAGAAACUUCUUAGUUACACGUUUUAUGGAGGAAAUGUCGUACGUGUUCUCGUUCACUUUUUUUCACUGCCGCUCAUUUUCACAUUGCAUUGGUGGCCGCAUUCUCAUUUUGUCACCGCCGCUACACAAUUUCCGUGUUGCUCUUCCAACAAAAAAAAUGCCUCCUUUGUUUUUUAUCUCUCUGCUCUAAAUCUCUGUCGCCCUUUCUCUCGUUGAGCUUCGCUGGCCUGCCGCCCACGUUCUCUUUUUCUCUGUCUUUCUCUUGCUCUAUAUUCCAAAUUUGUGCACAUGACAAUUUAUCUAACCUUAAUACUUUAGGCAACACGGAUAAAGAAACAAUUUCCGCUUUCCGUUUUCGUCUUUCUUGACUCUUUUGUUCUCUUUGCUUUACAAGACGCUGGUGGCUAUGGGAAUUCCCGCCAAAAUAACCUCGAGUUGCAUUUGGGUUGCCAUACCUGUUGAUUGAGUUAUUUUACAUUGGUAUGCCUGUGGUGCGGACGGACGGUCUCUCGGGCAGGCGGUCGGUGUACGGUCGCGUGAUUACCAAAUUUUCUUGGAUGGGUAAAUUACUUCAUUUUCUCACCCGCGGUGCUCCGCUGGCGCGCUUCGCGCGCGAGAGCUCCCCUAUUAAUCAGAUACCAGAAAGCAGUAAUUCUCACUGGCUAAGCACCUACAGUGUAUUUUGGAAAUCACCGUACCCUACUCGGCCGGGUUGUUCAAAGCUGGGUAAGAAUAUCCCAAGGUUAAUGCGAAAUUUCAAUUCGAAUAUGAAGGUUUAAAAAGGAAAAUAAGUUUAAUUCAUUUUGUCUACAAUUUGAUGAUUGGACGCUUUAUAAAGAAUACAGAAAAUUAUCCGAGAAAAUGCUUUGGAACAAAAGAAAAAGAAACCCGGAUUAAAAGUUAUUUCCGGUUUAGCGCUAAUCGGCCUUCGAACCACUAGCUCCAGAUAAGUUAGUUAUCUCAGACUAGCAGGUAACUAGUCUGUUCGUUGCGCGACCAAUGCAUGAUUUCCAGGAGCAAUGACAAACUGUGUUCCAUGCGACAGUGUGUCUGUCGCCAUUUUCUUCAAAGUAAUGUACAGUAAAACAAUUACUAGUUGUGUUUCGUGAUACGCGGAAUAAUCAAGGUCUGGGCUGAUAGCAAUUUGCUCGACCUUGAUUUCUCGGAUAUUACAAAAACCUCAUUCAAUAAUUGUAAGAUGUUAUAAAUCCCUCUUCUUUAAAUGCAGCCAUAGAAUUAUCAUUGUUAUUAUUAUUACCAUUAUUAUCGUCAUCAACGCCCUGCUCUUCACUAUAAUUAUCAUCAUUAAAGUUAUUGUCACUAUUGUCGUGAAAAUGACUAUUUUUAUGACGGUUUUGUCAAUACGGUAAUGAUGCUGAUUUCGACCUUUAGCCAUGACGUAAUGCAGGCGUUUUCUCACUUUUGCGAUCACUCCACGUCUUUUUGCAUAAUUAAAAAAGUUGCGGAUAUGCCAAAAAACUUCUUACCUGGGUAAAAAUCCAUGACCAGUCAGUUUUAUUUAACACUCACGUAACUUGCUUUAACCUCAUUGUCAUUUUAUUUUGUUAGCGUGGGCCGCCAGUGGACGAACGCUUUUGGAACAGUUAUUGUGUUGAUACAGAUCCUUACCAGUGGCCCUAUCUUACCAUCUAUCUUAAGGACAUGAGUGAGUUGAACGAUCCUUAUUAAUGCCGAACGCUCUCAGAUAUAUUUUGUAUAUGCAGAUUGUCGAGGCACUUAAUUUAAUGCUUAUAUUUUGCGUUUUUCCUCUGCAGUUGGAGGUUCAUUUGGUUUGACAAUUCUCGGAAAACACUAUGUCAGAAAGCAAGAGUGAGUCAUUCAGAUUAGCAAACUGGUAUUAAAGCCGCGACGCACUCUUGAAACCUCUUUGAUUCGUUUCUCUUUUCAAAUGUUACAGGUUAAAUUUGAUUUCAGGUUGAUUUUGAUUUAAUGUAGGUUGCUUCUCAAUUUCGAAUGUCUCCUGGCCAUAGAAGAAAAAGGAAAUUGAGAAUCAACCUAGGUUAAAAAAAUUUAACCUGAAAUCAAAUUUUACCUGUAACACAAAUACCACAGUUUAGGUACGAUUGCUCAGGUCCUCAUCGUGAUCAAGACAGUUUUAAGGAGUCAAGAAUAAUUUUGAUUACCAGAUACUUAACAGUUAUUGGACGAGGUUGAGCAAAGUAUCGUGAUUUGUCUGUGGCGAGCAGAUCAAUUAUUUGCCGAAGCCGAAGGCCGAGGCAAAUAAUUGAUCCAAAUUUGCUUCGAAUGAUAACUGCAAUUAUCAUUCGAAGCAAAUUUUUCUUUCUUUUUAUUGGCCGAGAGCACACCAAGUGACCUGCAAAUAACUGCCUACAAAUAAUGGUCCGCUCAUGCGCAAUGCUGUCCAACAAUUGGCUGUAAAUAAUAUUCUGCUCAUGCGUAAGGAAACCGUGCUUUUCUCCGUCUUGCGAUCGUUCUUGCGUGAAAAUGGCAGAUCGCUUCGCUUCCCAAGGAUAUUCAUUAAAAAAAACAAACUCGAUCGAAUGAUAAAACAAUUAUUGAACUCAGUUAUCGCAAAAUAUCGUGAUUUGUCAGUGUCUCGCAGAUCAAUUAUUUGCCUCAGCCUACGGCUUCGGCAAAUAAUUGAUCUGCUCGCCACAGACAAAUCACGAUAUUUUGCUCAACCUCGUCCAAUAAUUGUUAAUUAUUUGGAGCAAAUUUUUUUUUAACACAAAGUUAUAGUGGUUAACGAUGUCAAGACUGACUUUGGUGCAACACUCACAAUUGGUGUAACACUCACAAGUUUAGAGCUCGAUUUGAACUGCCCCUUUUCCAAGGCCUCUACCUGUUUGGGCUUCGUUCUCUGGAGCUCGGUACUUUUUAUACUGAUUUCUAUUGACUACAACUCUGAUAUUUACUUUAUUUAAACUCAGCAUGGGUAAGUAUUUCUAGCUUAUUUCUUUCUCGCUUUGUAAAAACUUAGCUGAAAUAGGCGCCUUUUAUAUAUGUUAAAGCGAAUUCCACUGCCUCAGUAUCGGUGUCAAACGCUCUGGAGCUGUACUUGGUGAAGUGGUCAUGGAAGGUAACGUGGUAGUGUUUGAUCGAGCCAAUCAGAGAAUAGGAUUUGCACCCAGCAACAUUUCACAUGCAGAGGCUGGGCCUUGUGGUAAGAGACGUAUUGUUAAUUAUAUUUAGUAAUAUAUUUUAUUCCUUGGUGUUUCCGGCGGUAAAUACAUAUCUUUGUUUCCUGUUUGUUUCUGUUUUAGUCUUUCUCAUGUACGAACUUUAUUAUUUUGUUCUAGGAAAUCCCAUUCGUGUCAAUAACACUGUGAAAGGUACGUCUCGCGGUAAUAAGUUGCCGGCAACUGACCCGACCAUCUCCGGCCUAUAAAGUGCUAUAAAACUGAUGAUAGAAACAUCUACAUUUGUAUUGUAUUUCACAACACUGUAGCCUCCCUUGAGCUUGUUAAUCAAGGGACUAAGGCGUUGAUCGAGGACCCUGUAAGGUGAAAACCAUCCCCUAUCUGUUAUAUGUAUUGAUCGAUAGGCACUUUAGGGUCAGAGGAACGUUGAAUGUUUCACAUUUCUCUUUGGGUCCUUCAUCAAAUUAAGGGAAGAAUGUGCUUCGCCUGUUUUUGUGUCGAGGUUCACCUUGAGUACUGUGAUUAGAGAACCUAUUUGACUGUACCAUUUCUUAGCUAAACGCUCAUAAUAUAAAGUAGCAGUGCAGGCGUAUUAACAUUUCAGGUGGGCGAAAUCUUUUUUAUGUUCAUAUUGUUGUAGCCGCCAUAUUUGAUUUUGUGACAGAGGAAGAUUGGGGGGAGUAGAAAUAGUAACCCUUAGGGUAGGUGCGAGGGCGAAAGAAGGAGAGCGGGAAGGGGGUUAGGGUUAGGGUUAACAUUCGCACGCCCGAAGAAAACGCCUGCACUGCAGGCUAAAUAUAAAGGUCCAUCCCAUCUCCAUGUAAGCGACAGACGAAGUAACUCGAAACGAAAGACAAAACUCAAAGCGCUUUUUUUCAACUUUACUUUCUCUUUUUUCUUGUUAGGUCGUCUUCAUAAAUACUGUCGCGCUGACGAAAUGCCGCAAGAGACGUGUUUCAUGGAAUGCAACUCCUGCGUCAAAUAUGGAGGCAUCUGGUGUCCAAAGGGUCACGUGGUUGUCUGGAUCAAUGGUGUCAGGUUAACAAAUUUUGCUUUAAAUCUGCCACUUUUUACAAAUGAUGUGGAACCUUUGUCGUUAGAAAUAAAGUCCAGAAAGAAAAACAACCUCAAAUGUAUGCUAUGUUCAAAUGAAUAUUUAAAUAAUUAUUGUAGCCAUUAUCAAUACCUUCUUAGCCAUCCAUGAACGAAAAUUCCAUUAAAUAAAAGUGAAAAUCCUUUCACGUCAUUGCAGGUCAGUCUUAAGUACAAAGAGAGGCUUCUGCUGGCCAGGUAAAUACUUAAUACCGUAUUUAUUCGAUUAACCGCCCUGGGCGCUUAUUAAAUUUUUGGACUUUGAGAGUGGGCGCUUAUUCGAGGUGGGCGCUUAUUCGAGGCUGGGCGCUUAUUAAAUUUUCACCAUUUUCAGCAAGUGAAGUAUGUUUAUUUGGCAACAAAACAAUAAAUGCUAAUAACAAAACGCAAAGCAAGGUUUCUGUAAAAUACUCUGAAGAAAACUCCGUCCUCGGGGAAGUCUCUUAUUAGAAUUUAUUCACUCAAGUGGGUGGGGUAGGGGUGAGCGCUUAUUUGAGUUUGAUUGGGAGGAGGAGGGGGUGGGCGCUUAUUCGAGGCUGGGCGCUUGAUAACUUUUUCUGCCUUUAGGAUGGGCGCUUAUUCGAGGUGGGCGCUAAUUCGAGGCUGGGCACUUAUUCGAAUAAAUACGGUAUAAGCGUUACUUAACUUGCCUAGCGUUCCUUAUCUCGGUGCGCGGUCUUUUCACCAGCCACUGAUCUCUCAUUGACUCCUGAAAUUCAAUUCUAGGGGGGCUGUUCACUUUAGAUGCUACGAAAGUUCAGACGUUUCUUACCGGUCAUGGAAGCGCUGAAUUUCAAGCACAUUGUGAUUCGCUUGUGCCGAUGUACAAACAGUGUUCAGGUAUAUAGACACUAAAAGCCCCUUGUUCAAUUGUUCCAAGGUGUAAGACUCUUUAUUUGGUAUCACGUCAUCUCCGCUUUUACAUGUGGCAAUGAAUGGCUGAAAAAAACUCUCCCUCUCACAUUCCCGUGCAAGUUGAACUUUUAAUGUCCUCUUGAAUGAGUUUUUUGAAUCAUUCUCUCCUCGUCACGUCACGCUAAGCUCUUUCCAGGUAUACUUACACUUAAACAAUGUAUCCAACGAUGCCAUUCAACUUUCUCCCCCUUCAGGAGACCUAUUAAGUUAGGUUAGCACACAGAUUCUAAUCUGUCAAUAUAUAAAUGUACUUUUGUUGUUUAUUUCAGUGGAGGGUAUUUGGAUCCUGCUUUUGGGUGGCUUCCUGUUCUUUAUUCUCUGUUCGUCGUUUCUAUACUUCACCUGCCGAGCAGGCACGAAAAUUCAGCCGGCUGACAAACGACGAAGUCCGAGUAUUUCCGAUAAAUCUCUAAGUUCGCAAGAUGGCUUCCUUUCCAGCAGAUAA